UCUUUUGUUUCUUCCGGGAUAGCUCUGGCAGGUAGCUUAGUUACAGAUCUACUGGAAGCGCUUGAGCAUGAGGUUCAGAAUGGCCUUCCAGAAAUGAAGCUCCAGGGCAAGCGCCGGGAAGGGAAAAGGUGUGAGGCCUCGGAGUGGAGGGUAGGUGUGGGCAAGUGCAGCGCAGGGAGAGAGCAGGUGGGGCCAACGCGCUGAACGCCUGAAGGACAGAGCUUUCCAACUCGGUAGAGUUAACUCCCCGUCGGUAUCAAGUUAUGCAGUCGGUAUCAGGAUGCAAAAAAUGCACUCAGACUGAGCUGGCAAGUGUACCUGAUGGCUGAAGGCGGCAACCAAGACACCCCGCCGGGAACGGGGGCUCUCCAGGAGGCUCUCAGGGCACUGCUGCCCUGCACUAAAGAAGAACUGAAGUUGGACGUCAGUGAGAAUGUGGAUAGGAGUGUGCUGAUGCUGCUGCAGCGAGCCACCAACCUCUUCUAUGGGGGCAAAAAGAGCGAGUGUCUGCAGAUGAGCGAGGCACUCCUUGACUACUCCUGGGAGAAACUCAAUUCCGGGGUGUGGCAGGAUGUAGACAAAGACUGGCGUCGGGUUUAUUCCUUCAGCUGCCUUCUAAAAGCCAUGUGUCUUUGUGAAACUCCUGGGGACCCUGCCACCUUGGCUGCAGCCCUGAAAGUCUGUGACAUGGGCCUGCUGAUGGGGGCAGCUAUCUUUGGGGACGUCCUCAGUAAAGUUGCUGCCAUCCUCCAAGCGCACCUGCUGUCUGGAAAAAGGCCUGCCCAAGUCCCAACCCAGGAGCAGCCCAGCAUAAAGAAAGCCAGGAAUGGCCACGUUUUGAUUCCAGAUAUGCAGUCAGGAAAAGCAGUGCCCCGGCUUCGCUGUCCGUCCCUCCAGUAUUUCAGGAAGCAUUAUUUGGUUCCACAGAGGCCUGUGAUCUUAGAAGGCGUGGCCGACCAUUGGCCAUGCAUGAAGAAGUGGAGUUUGGAAUAUAUCCAAGAAAUUGCUGGCUGCCGAACAGUCCCGGUGGAAGUUGGCUCUAGGUACACAGAUGAGGAGUGGUCCCAGAGACUCAUGACGGUCAGUGAGUUCAUCAGCAGAUACAUCCUGAAUGAGCCGAGGGACGUCGGGUACCUGGCCCAGCACCAGCUCUUUGACCAGAUCCCGGAACUGAAGCAGGACAUUGGCAUCCCUGAUUACUGCUGCCUGGGCGAUGGGGAGGAAGAAGAGAUCACCAUCAAUGCCUGGUUUGGGCCCCCAGGCACCGUCUCCCCUCUUCAUCAUGACCCCCAACAAAACUUCCUGGUCCAGGUGCUCGGGAGGAAAUAUAUCCAGCUGUAUUCCCCACAAGAGUCAGAAGCUUUAUAUCCUCAUGAAACUCACCUUCUUCAUAACACAAGCCAGGUUGAUGUGGAGAAUCCUGACUUGGAGAAGUUCCCCAAGUUUGCUGAGGCCCCAUUCCUGUCCUGCAUCCUGUCUCCUGGAGAAAUCCUGUUCAUCCCGGUUAAAUAUUGGCAUUAUGUGCGAGCCCUAGACUUGAGCUUCUCAGUCAGCUUCUGGUGGUCAUAGCCAGGACAAGAGGAGAGGCCUGCUCUGUGCCCAGCUGGCACCGGGUCCUGGAAUCUAGAGACCAGUUGACCGAGCCUGUGUCUUGAAGAAGCCUUCACCGGGGGCCACGCUCUGGCACUGGGUUGACACAGCAGAGUACCCAGGCCAGCUGUGUGCAACAGAGGCAGUCGGGACAGCCCAGAAGGACAUUCCACGCCACACUGAGUUGUGGGCAUCAUAAGGCCUGAAGAGUGUGGGAAACAGGCAGGCAGUACGUGCUCUGAGGUUGGGUGCCUGGGUUUAAAACCAACUCCACUGCUUAACUGCCGUGUGAUUUUGGGCAAGUGUGUCCAUCUAAAAAAGGGCAGCACUGGGCCUCCUCACAGAGGGCCUGAAAGGUGGAGCAUGUGCAGAGCGCCUGCUGCUCCCCAGCCCUGUGACUGGAGAGAGACAGUCAUAUCCCAACAGCUGACACCAGAAAAGUCCCAGGCUUCUACUUGCUGGGAGAUUCACUGAUUAGUGACAUUUGUGCAAUAUUGCCUGGAUUUGACAGCAUUCAUCACACCACGCGCAUAAGGUAAACAGUAAUAUGUUCUGACCGAUGAUAAAUUUUAGAAGCUUCUAAUAAACCUUUAAAAAGGUACAAUCUUAAUAGCAAAAAUAUGCAGUUAAAUUAUAGCACCAUAUUUAAAACUUUUGGACUCAGUGCUGA